AUGUCGAGACAGAUCCAGCGGCUCGACGUGACGCCGCCGUCCGAGGACUCGGACGCGGUCAACUCGGGCUCGCGUUACGCAGGCCGCUUGUCGACGUCGUCCAGCCAUCUCUCUCCCGUCGAUUCCCCGCCCCGCGCCCAUCGCGCCUGCGAAAAAUGCACCCGCACCAAGAAGAAGUGUGACAAAGGCCUGCCCGCUUGCUCGAGGUGCACCAGACUCACCACCAACUGCUGCUACGACUUUGUCGUCAAUCCGCCUUCGCUCACCAUCGUCGACCAAGGCGCCGUCGCCACUGCCUACAAGCAUCCCAGCGACGCGCGGCCCACCUUUGAGUGGCUCAACCAGGUCGACUUCACCGCUGGCCAGAUCAUGCAGCUCCUCGUCAGCCAUGGCGUUGACUGGAAGGCCUCCGUCAACACCUAUUUCAACACCGUCAAUACCUGGCUCGUCGUCAUCCACCCCGACGCCUGGCGCAGACGUUGCGCCGCCGCCGACCUCGACACCAACCCCAACGACUCGGAUCUGGCUAUGCUUAUCUUGUGCAUCCACCUGUUGACCAUCUGGAAUUGUGACGAGUUUUCGUCCACCGCCAUGCUGGACCACCCGCUCUAUCAGACUGCCAAGCGCAUCUGGACUUUGAGGAAAGCCUUUUCCAAGGCCAAGAUCGAGCACGUGCAGUGCGGCGUUCUGAUAUCUCUCUAUGAGAUGGGGCAUGGCGACAUCACCCGCUGUUAUCAGACGUUUGGCGAGGCCGCCUCGCUCGGCAAGGUGCUGAAUUUGAAACCCGGCAAGUACGUCAAGGAAGAAGAGGACAUGCCCGCCGACCCCGAAGACGAGCAAAAUCGAGCGCUUUGGUGGGUGCUCGUCAUCAUGGACAAGAUCUCCCACGAACAAUCCUCGACACUGUGGAACCCGCUCCAGAUGGACAUGCCCUCCGACGACGACCUGCUCCCCACGGAGCACUAUCUUUGGGACAGCGACAGAAACGGGUCUUUUAAGCUGGUCAAGCGGUACCCCGUCACCAUCCCGGCCUCUGUCCGCGUCGGCGCUUUUCAGAGGUCUUGCCAGGCAGCCAUUCUUCUCGGCUACGCCAUCAAUUGGGAGGCGGCCAACGCCGAGCUUGAUGAACCCCCCAGCGUCUGGUCCUUUGUCCAGCUGGAGUCCGCCACUAGGGACCUCAUCGAAGCAUUGAUUACCCGGUCAGAAACUUGGGGCGAGAACCUCAAUACAUAUGCUCAGUGUGCAAGGUUCGUCAGCAUCCCGGCUUGUCAGCGCCCCGUUCCUCAAGCGUUAACGUCUCCCAGUAUCUUCUGUCUUCUCUUCUAUUCCUUCCUCUAUGCAGCCAAUAGGCCCGACACUCCGGCCCAGGAUCCCGAGACGGACGUGGAGAUGAGGAAGGCCGUCGCCGGCAUCAAGUUCACCAUUGGCCUAGUGAUAGAUGGCUCAAAUGGUAUCUUCAACGCCUACUCCAGCCGUGACGACGUUUUGGAACACUGCGCGCCCGUCUGGCCAUAUGCGCAGUACCACACGAUGCAGCUUCUCUUCCACUAUGAAGCUCUGCUGGAAGACGCAGAGUCCAUGAUGGCAGAGGUCAGACACCGUGUUGAUUGCACAACGAAGCGAUGGGCUUGUUCUCGCGGCGAGGAGGAGCGGGGCCAGGAUGUGCAAAAAGUGCACAAUUGGAAGCAGGACUUGCGGGCACUGCCCAGUUCCCGAAUGAGAAGACGACAUAUCAGGAGACGAGGAUCACUCUUUGUCACGAUGCAGAAAAGGAUAACCCUCGACUCCAAAUCGCAGCAGGACAGACCCCUUGACCCUGGCGUCUAUGACCCAGUCCGACUUGGACUUUCUGCGUAUCAGGACGGCGACGUGCGCUUGUAG